UUGUUGUAGAUAAUUUAGUCAGUGACUUCUGACCAUGGUUGUAGUUUGGUGCGCGUGCGUAUAUAAUUAUUUUUUUGGCGCAAGGCUUGAGGCAGUAUUACGUACAAAAUAUUAUGUAAGGACGGAAACAUGGCAUGUUAAUUCGAAGUGAUAAAUUAUGGGUACAGAAAACGGGCACAUGGCUGGAAUAUAUUCGGGCAACUCCUCAACUAAUUUCUAUGACUUUGGACCACACAAUGACACUUACAACUACACGUCGCACGUAAAUGACAGCGAGGGGCCACGUGCAGGUCACAGUGAACAUUACGAUUAUGAUGAUAAUUACUACAGCUAUGAUGAAUAUUACUACUACGACCACCUCUACGAAAUAUUCGACUUUGAAAUACCCAUCUUAGGCUACAUAUGGCCUGUUUUGGUAAUAUUCACCACGUGCUGCAACUGCCUUGUAAUUGGUGGGUUCUUGCGCAAACGCAUGCGCAAUGCAACAAAUUUGAUAUUAGUUUUCAUCGCUGUGUCUGAUUCCCUUACAGGACUUGUUACGUUACCGGCCACGUUUCACAUUUUUACGAAAGAAAAUUUUGUUCUUACCAAAGACUGGUGCAAUGCGGCAAUGAUUACAAGGUUAUACAUUUCACGUGCCUUUCAUACUGUAUCUGUUUGGGAAACACUGUUGCUAGGCGUCCAUAGAUUCUUACAAGUUCGGUAUCCAAACUUGGCAAAGAAAUUCUGCACAGUACCAAAGACACUAGCGGCAAUAUUGAUGAUAUAUAUCCUGUCCUUCGCUUUACAUAUAUAUCAUGCAUUUGAUAUCAAAGCUGUGAAUGGAAUGUGUGAAUGGAGUAUCCAGGAACCGUGCGGCUGGACAUGUGCUUACAUUUGGCUUACUAUGCUUCUAUGUCAUCUGCUGCCGUCGUUUGCAUUGGCCGUCCUGGCCAUAAAGAUGGUCAGAACAUUGAAAGAGUUUGGACACGAAUCGAGCGUGUACAACAGAGCCGAUAAGCGUAGUCAAAAUCAACGCAACGUUACCCUGGUGGUGAUUUUUGUUGUCGUGAUAUUCCUCGUGCCGGAACUGCCUUACGGCAUUUUUUACUUGAUCACCGUCAGUCUCAGACACGCGGGAAAACGUAUCUUCCCGCUUCGUACCAACAGACUCAUACAUUGUAUCUAUGAGGUCUUACUGGUGGUCAGUUUUCAUCUGAACUUUUGGGUUUAUUGUAUAAUAAUACGGAGUUUCCGUUCAUGCAUAAAGAGUUUGUUACGUUUGGUGACGUGUCGUCCAGCUGAUUUCGAACGUCUGGAGGGUGAAGUGACGUCAUCGAGUGGUGGUGGUUUGGAACUUGUUGGUAUGACAACUGAAACGGACACUGAACUGAAAUAGAAUAUUUGCAGGACGCUUGGUUUUGUUAUCGUUACCUACGCGUUCAUGUGUAAAUGAUCGGUCGCUUCAAAUAUUUAUUACCUAUGUGCACAACAGUGUUCAUCAAUUCGCAGGAGCAUAUUUUCCUGCAGUACAUCAUUACAUGUAUAUUUUUUAUCAUAGAUAUCUGCUUAUCUAAAGGAAUGCUUGUUGAAGUUGUUUAUUUCAAAUUACUAAUUAUCCAGUAAUAAAGACCAUAACCAACAAUA